ACUAAACUUACCAUUGAGCUUAUUCUCAUCUCACAAGUUAAUCUAGCUUUACAUUCAUUUUGAAAACGUGUACAAUUAAUUAUACACCUUUCAAUACAACGACCCGAUCUACACUUUUAUCAUUCGGUGGGAGGGAGCCUGGAAGAGCUGCAGGCGCAAUGGCAGCCCCAAAUCAACAUCCUCUACAGGUCCUAGACCAAAUGUUUAGGGAAGUGCUCGUGCAAACCGGAAAAAAUCUCAAGGCCAGUCUUAAAGAAGGCCCGAAGAACAUCCCUAUCGCUAGCGGCGUAGUGCAAACAAAGGCAAUAGAUUCGUUGACAGCGUAUCAAUAUGCCUUGGAUGACCUUGAGAGCGAGAUCAUAAGGGCGAAGGCCGUCGUCCUGAGGGAUCUGGAGAAGCUACGCGCAGCCCGGGCUCCCCCACCCGUUCCCAUUCCCGUCCCUCGGCCUAUAGCGCCGCCAGCACCGAUGAUGGAACUGCCGUCGUCGGCAGCGCAUACCAUCAGCACCCCAGCUUUCGCUCCCAAGAAAGAGAUCAAGACAGCCGCCCCCUUCCCCGAUAUGGGCAUGGGUAUGUCCAGUGACGUAGUCGACCUAACUAACGACAAGAAACCAUCCCCCCGGGUUCCGGCUGGUGCCAUUCGGCCUCCGGUCAAGGCAACUCCUCCGAUGAGGAACGAAGUAAAACCCUCACCAAAACAGACUCCGAAGCCAACGCCCAAGCCAACACCAAAGCCAAGCCAGCCUCCUAAGGUAACACCAGUCCCUCUGCCGCAGAUCCCACGGCCCCAAGGAUUCCAACCUCCUCAGCCACCCACCGCAGGACCAAUGGCUGUGGCUAAACCCCAGUCAACGGUGCCCACUCCGCAGAUGGUUAGACAGCCACAACCUGCGCCAGCGGCGCCACCUGCUCAGGAUGCCAUGAUGAUGCCUACCAACACCGCGGCAAGUGAACCCAACCCGCCAGGAGGCAAAGGGCCGAACUUCACGGACAUGCGGUUUUCCCUCGCGCCAUCUACCAGCGACGCGCCAGGCGCGCCUCCAGCGCCGACCCAGGAAUUCGACCUAACGACUUUCGCGCCGCAAGAAGCGGGCAACACGACGAAUAGCGGUCAGAACGCCAACGCGGCAGCGCAGCAGCAGCAGCAACCUAAGGAACAAGAUAAAACCGAUACUAACCUCGACGAUUUAUUCAACCUCGGCGACGGCAACAGUGCUGACGGCAUGUUCGACCUAGGGGGUGGCGGUGCUAAUGAUAGUACAUUCGACGACCUGAUGUUCUUCGACAACAGCAACGACUCGGAGAUGGCGCAGUUCGACGAGGCUUACUUCCUUCCGUAGUAUUGGAUAGGUUGAUUUAGUUCUUUUAGAGGAUACAUCUAGUACGAUGAUAGUUUAAGUUGAUAACAGCGAAAGAGAAGAAGGAUGAUGAUUGUUGCAUUCUGGGAGUAAUAUACCUCUUGAUGCAUG